CCCCGCGCUCCCAAGCUCCUCCCCGCCCGGCCUCGCGCAGCCCGCGAGCGGGGCGGGCAGCUGGAGAGCCGGCUGGCGUGCGCAGCGGGGAUGCUGCCGCUGCGGCGGCGGCUGCUCGGCCCCCGGGGGGGCGGGGGGAGGUGACGGCCCCCCUGGAUCUCAGGUCCGGUCCUGCAGCGGCACGGCAGGGCUCUGCCGUGGCCAGUUCAGGUCGCCCCGCUGCCUGAGGAGCGGAGCGCUGCGCUGAGGAUGUGUUGGGGGUUUGAUUCUCCCGGUUUGCGUUUUGCUUAAGGUGAUCACAGUGGUAUGUCCCUGUACUCAGUCCUGCCCCCCAAAGUGGAGAUGUGCAAGAUCCAAGUAAGGGAAAUCAUCUCCUAGACUCCAAGCCAGAAUGAUGUACCUGCAGCCCCUGCCUCUUAUUGUGGUACAGAGCUUCCUUCAGCUUAUAUUUUGUGACACUAAACAAAUAGUCCAUGCCACAGAAGUGCUGGAUUGGGAAGACAAAGAUGCUGCAGAGACAUUGGUCAACAACGUUGUCCAUUCCAGGAUCAUCAACCCUUUACGCCUAUUUGUUAAGCCAUCUCCAGUGUUGAAACAUGGCCAGAUGUCAUACUCAGACAGCACAGAAAACUUUUGGGAUUGGUUAGCCAACAUCACUGAGGUUCAAGAAUCUCUUGCACGGACUAAGCGCAGACCAAUAGUAAAAACUGGGAAAUUCAAGAAAAUGUUUGGGUGGGGUGACUUCCAUUCCAACAUCAAAACUGUUAAACUAAACCUCCUCAUCACAGGGAAAAUUGUUGAUCAUGGCAAUGGAACCUUCAGUGUUUAUUUCCGACAUAACUCAACAGGUCUUGGAAAUGUUUCUGUAAGCCUGGUGCCGCCUUCCAAGGUGGUGGAAUUUGAAUCUUCUCCACAGUCAACGCUGGAGACCAAGGAAUCCAAGUCCUUCAACUGCCGAAUUGAGUAUGAAAAAACAGAUCGGGCUAAGAAAACUGCCUUGUGCAAUUUUGACCCUUCAAAGAUCUGCUACCAAGAGCAGACACAAAGCCAUGUUUCUUGGUUGUGUUCUAAACCAUUUAAAGUUAUCUGCAUUUACAUCGCUUUUUACAGUGUAGAUUACAAACUGGUGCAAAAGGUCUGCCCCGAUUAUAAUUACCAUAGUGAGACGCCCUAUUUGUCCUCUGGCUGAUGUAAUUCAGAUUCUCAGUAACUGUAGAAAUGCAGCACUGGUCAUAAAUAUGAGUUUCCUUUAAUCGUCUGCAGAGGACAGUGCUUCCCUAUCAGGUUAAAUAUGUCUUUAAAAAAAUUGUAGAUGUUUGUGCUGUUUCAUAAAUAUUCAGCCUGUUUAUGUAACAAUCCUUUUCGUUUAACACAAUUACAUUCUGGCUAUGUUGUUAAUAAUAAGAGAAAUAUCAGACAUUAGCAAAAUGUGGCAAGGAGGAACAAAAUUAUGCAUGUGCUAAACACUGAUCUGGAAAGCUAUCUUUAUUGAAGUAGGUUUAAAGGGCUGCUUUAGAUAGCAGAUGCAGCGAGAUAGUUUACUUGGUACAUACAGCACCUCACAUCCUGGGGUCCAAAUCCUGAUUGUAUUUUGUUAGCACCUACAGUUCCCAAACAACAAACUAUAAGAGGAAGACAACUGGGCCAGGCCUGCAAGCUCUCCACAUGCAAAACUCAAUAAUUUCAACAACUCUUCAAUUGAUGUCAAUAGGACUGUCACACACAGAGGAUUUGAUGAAUUGAGUCCUAAUAUUUAAAUAAAAUGCUAUUUCUAUUAAAGAAAUGAAAGAGAAUUGAAUUCCUACUCUGUGUUUCGGCAGUAAUGCAUAGUCACUGGAAUGGAAGAGCUGUUUCUUCAAAUUCUUACCUGUGAAAAUGCAGUGAUCCUUAGUCUGUUAGACCCACCAAGUAUACAGGUUUGGUGUACAUUUUUCCCUAUUGUGGUCACCAUUGUUUUGAUUUAUACUCGGAUGUUUACAUCUAUAUCGGUACUAGUUUUAAGGUGGUAAUAGAAUAUAUGUGUACCCUGGGAAAACAUGGUCCAUGUUCAAUAAGUCCCAGAAUAAAUAAGAGUGUGGUUUCCAUUUAAAGGAAAGUAUUUACCUUAACAUCUUGCUAUCCAGCGCAUCCUGAUUUAUUACCUUCCUGGAAAUGGAAAAGUAUCACAAGAGAAGGCCAAUACCCCAAUAACACAUGCUUUUCUUUUUCAUGAAACCCAGUUAAACUAGUUAGUAUCUUUUAAGAGAAGAAAACCACAAUCCCUGAAAAAUGAAAGGUCAACAAAAAUCUAGACACCACAUAUAAGAUUAUAAACCAAUGCCAUUAGUGCAGCACAUUUCAACAUAUGGCCAGAUCCUCAGCUGGUAUAAAUGUAUACCACCAGAGGAUCUGGCCCUGUAUGCUGCUUACAUAGGGACUGAUACUGUUCCCCUGAAGUCAAUGGCAAAAUCAGUUUCAACAGUUUAGGAUCAAGCAAAAAUGACAUUUGUAUUUUUUUUGUUAUUGUUUUUACCACCAUUGCUGAUUACCAAGACACGUGUGUAAAAAGAAGCAAACUUCUGCUUCUCUUUUCUGAUGUCACAGUUUAGUGUCUGAUGUCACAGCUCUUUGCCAAGGUUUGGAAAGGGAUUGGCUGGAAAGGAGAGAGCUGUUUGUUACAUAUGAACUGAUGAGCACUGACAGAAAGGUACAUGAAUAUAAGAAGUUUUGCUAAAGCAGCUGUGCUUCUGGACCAACAACUAGAUAGACUAUAUGUCAAAUCAGCAAGGAUGUCACUCACUAGAUUAUUUCUCUAUUCUUAUUGCAAAGCCUCAUACAGAAAAAUCCUUUGUUAAAGAAAAUCAUAGAAUCAUAGAAUAUCAGGGUUGGAAGGGACCCCAGAAGGUCAUCUAGUCCAACCCCCUGCUCGAAGCAGGACCAAUUCCCAGUUAAAUCAUC